CGGCGCCAAGAUGCAUCCAAGCCAGCGAUCAUGUGCGCUCUCGCCGUCGCUGGCAGUUUGGACUGCUACUGCUACUACCACUGCCGCUUGCAGCCAUUGCUGGCGAGUGCCUCACAAUUUGAGCAGUACGAACAACAGCACCAACAGCACCAGCACCACAACCAUCCCAGGACCUCACUUCAGUUGACACAAGUCUGACGCCGGCCCUGCCGUGUCUGCGUGCUCCACUUGAGCAGCAACACCAUCGCUCAGUGUUGAUCGUCGACAAUGAAUCCUCUGGACCACUCCUCCUUCGCCAAAAAGCUCGACGGCAGUGCCAACGAUGGCGGCACUGACGUGCAUGCAGGCAUGUAUGAGCAAGGCAUCUCCUCACAAGCCACAGACGUUGACCUCCAGCCAUCGCCCGGCACUUCCAGUGCAAAAGUAACAACAGAUGGCAGUACACCGCUCCCUGCUGACCUCCAGUCCGUGGAUAAAGCAGAUGCCAUGGCCAGCACUGCACACCGCAGUCUUGCGGGCCACGACACUGGUGAACCGCGUGCAUGCAUGCAUGCAUCCACCCCGGUCACGAGCACCGCCACCACCGGGUCCUCAUCCUCGUCCUCCUCGUCCUCCUCGUCAUCGUCAUCUGCCCGGCUGACUUCAAUGCUGGCGCGCACGCACCAGCAAGCUGGGGAGCACAACGGCAACACCCAGGCGCCAGCCACAUCUCCAGCCGUUGGACCAGCACUGGUGGAGCACGCCACCGUGGCAGCCGAAGCCAACCAACGCGCUGGCACCCAUCAAGCGCCCACCACGCUUGCCGUCGGCACACCUCCGCCGCCAGUUGUCGCCCCAUCCCGUGGCGAAGGUGAGCCGGAUGGCUCCGGCGAUGCCGAGGACGUUGGAUUGCACCAUGGAGACGGUGGUAACGGCAGCAACGGCGAUGGCAGCGACCAUGCCGGCAGUGACAAUGACGCCGAUCACAGCAGCGUUUCCGUGUGGAGCUCCGACAUCGUCAACACCAGCGGUCGCUACAACCUCAGCACCAGCACCAGCUCAGACAACGAUGAUAACACCCCUGCCAGGGACGGCAACCGGCACCGCCUUUACCGCCGCCACCACGGCCGUCAUCGCCACCACCUCCGCAACGAGGAUGGUGGUGCCUCUGGUGACGAAGCUGUUGGUGUCGCCCUGGGCGACAAUGCAGGAGACGCGGGUUCCGACAGCGAAAACAGCCGCGACGGCCUUGAAAGCUACAUUGAAAUCUCCAGCGACCACUUUGGCGGCUUUGAUGCCGGCCACCAUGAUGAGGAACGCGGUCAUGUCGUCGACAAUCGCGACGACAUUGGUCAUGCAUAUGAGGCUGAUGACGAUUAUGAGGGCGACGAUGACGACAGCUUUGAUCAUCCUCACAGCGGCUUGGACAACAACAUCAACGACUUGGUUGAGCUUGGUGGCUUGCGUGGGAUUGACGGAAACCGCAACGACCACCACAACAACAGCGACAGCGAUGACGCAAACGACCACGAGCACGACCACGAGCACAACCACAACGUCUUCAACUUUGACUUCAACAGCUUUGGCUUCAACGACGACGCGUUCAACUUUGACUUCAGCAACGUUGACCUGAACGACCAACGCAACGACGACCCCGACGACCCCGACGACCUUCGGUUUGAGGAAUACUACGUCGAUGAGAGCACGGGCGUGCGUCGCGUCCUGAACCUGUCCGAUAUUGUGCUCCCGCACGGGGACAGGUCCACCCCUUCACUGAGCUCGGGCGAGAUAGCCACCAUCACCUCUGCCGUGUCCCUCAACCCGAGUCUCACGGAGGAGGAAGAUGCCACAGAGGAGACGCCAAUGAGCGAUGAUCCCAGGCCGCGCCGCCACAGCUUGGGCAGCCCGCCGGCCCCGCCAACACACCCGCGCCAGCACUGAUGGUGCUGGCGCAUUUCAUGCAUGCACCCCCAUGUGCUCAUGUCUUCGCUGGCUGGAAUAUGCCUAAGGUCUUGCUUUGACCACUUGCUGUUUGCACAUCGACGUUGGUCACUGAAUGAACUGUGGAGGGAAACGGGUGGAUGGGUGGUGGGGGGUGAGUCCUAUGAUUGUGUGGGCUUGUUUUUUUUUUUUUCUCUCUCUGCCUCUGUCUUGGUUCUCUUUCCUUUUUGUUUUCUUCCUAUGCUUGGCGUUUGUUCGCACUCCGUUCGUCCGUUAUGUGUUCCUGAGAGCAUGAGGGAGUUUCCCUCUCAAUCAAUGAUAUGCAUGUCGUUCUUCUGAGCAACAUCUUGUUGGAAUGCCUGUUCGUGUCCUCGCAAUUAAACGGCCUCAAACAUG